AUGGGAUGUACCACAGGCCAUUUCACCUGUCAACCGCAGACAACGGCGGCUCCAACCUUGGAAAGCCAGUCACAAGAAGGAGGACCCAAAGUCCCAGAGGUCCUGUCAUCUCUUGAGAGACUCUCGCAGGCUACGGGAGGGAUGGAGAAGUCCUGGUACCGCUGCAUCUUUCCUUUUGGGAUCAUCUCACUGGUGAUUGGAGUUGCUGGAACGGGGGUGACAUACACCUAUAAUGAUCUCCCGCAGACUAAAGUGGUGUCUGUGAUCCUGCUGAUCGUGGGUCUUGUCUUGGUACUGAUGGCCACGGCUUGCUGGACGGUCCACAAGAAGAAGCGCAGGAAAAAGAAGGAAGGGGGUUCCUUCAGCUCCGAACAGUGUCCGCUCUGA